AUGUCACAAACAACAGUCACACCUCCCUUUUCCAUCCUUGAACCAGGCCUUCCCAUUCUUUCACAACAGAAAAUUACUUGGAAUUUGGAUGAUUAUUCUGUUAGUGAAUCCUCACAAAACAACACCAUCCCAUGCACGGAUCGUCUCUUGGUCAUUCCAAAUUUUCUUUCUUCCGAAGAAUGUUCUGAUUUAUUGGAUCAAUGUGCCAAGAAACAACAAUUUGAAUCUGUUGCAGCAGAAUAUCCACAAUCAUAUCGAAAUUCGGAGCGAGUGAUUUUCAAGGACAAGGCCAUUGCCAACCGAUUAUGGAAACUAUUUGAGGAGAAUUUGAAUUGUGAAGAUUUAAGUCGAAAUGUUCAUCCUUUUGGUUUAGAUUCUGCUGGUAGAUGGGUAGCAUGUGGUGUGAAUGAAUGCCUCAGGUUUAGCAAAUACGUGGAGGGCAAUUAUUUCAGACCACAUAUUGAUGGGCAAUUUGUGCGAAAUGAUCAUGAGAGAAGUAUUUAUACUUUAUUGAUCUAUUUGAAUGAUGAUUUUGAGGGAGGCGAAACACGAUUCAUGAAACCAUUCAAUGAUGAUGACCUUCGUGUUGCACAACAAAAGGAACAGCAAGACCUUACUGUCGUCAAAGUAAAAACGACAAGUCGAAGAAAUCGAGAAAUGGAAAAGAAGCGAGCUAAAAUGGGAAUACCUCCAUCCUGUCAAGAAAUUGAAAGUGCUCAACCAACAAGCCCAUCAACAAGUGAAGCACAAAAACAUUUUCACCUAUUGUACACGUUGAAACCAAGUUUGGGAAUGUGUGCUUUAUUUAAUCAUGACUUGUUUCACGAAGGAAUGGUUGUCACAAAAGGAACCAAGCUCAUUUUGAGAACAGAAAUCAUGUUCAAACGGGUGGAUUCAAAGACUGUUCCAAGAGAUGAAGGUUUUGAGAAAAGUACUCUCUAUCAGAAAAUUGCUGCCAUGUUAAAUGAAAGCGAUGCGUUAGAAAAAAGAGGACAAGUUGGAGAAGCCACAAAGCUCUAUAUAUCUGCACAGGAUUUACUCAUGAAAAGCGGUAGAAGUAUGGACCACUUGCUUAACAAAUCAUAUUUUCAUUACAAGUCUUCUUCGUACAAGAAACCAAACGUGUUGGACUAUAUCGAAAAUGAAUUGACAGAACUGCCUGAAGAAAUGCUGCUGCAUGUUUUCUCCUUCUUGAGUGAUAAGGAUAUGUGUAAAAAGAUUUUAACACUGAACAAAUAUUUCAAUGCACUUGGAAGAAGUCCUCAAUUAUGGCAGAAAAUUUAUAGAAGAAAUUGGAGUGACGACAAAACAUUUGGAUAUUUAAAGCAACAACAGCAUAGAGAUGACCUAGAAGAUUGGUAUUUUACAACAAUCACUCGAAGAUAUUUUGAAAAAGAAUUUGUGACCGUUUGUAUUGAUAUGCGUACAAAAAAGACCAUGUACGGCUUGUUUAACUCUGAAAAUGAAAAAACGGUAGAGUCCAUGGUUUCAUACCGUAUUGGAGGACACUAUAGCUUUUUCGGGUUACAUCGAUGUGUAUUGGGAAGCAAGCAAAGUUUAAGACCUUGCCCUUGUCUCCACACAUCUGGAACGCUUAAAGACAUUAAGGCACUACAAUUUUUUGUCUCUUUGAUAUACAAGGACUUGAGCUUGUGUCAUGAACGACAUCCAUUAUUAUGUUCUCUUCCUCCACAAUGGAUGAAAGAUGAAGAAACCUAUCGCCAAGUGUUAAGCAUGAUGAUGGAAAUGAGAAUUCCUGCUGCUUGUAUGGCCCCACGUCAUUUACUUGUGGCUAUGGCACACCAAUUACCAACUUGCAUUGUCAUUGAAUGGGAUGAUUGUGGUAUUUCAGUGUCGGCUGUCAUUGAUAAUUUCCUGAAUAGAGCUGACACAAAAUUCUUACAAAUGGUCACGGAUGAAAUCACACUUGAGAGACUUGUCAAGAGACUUUUCGUGUCAGAACAUAGCUUUAUUCCAUCAUCGAUUACAUCUUUCAUUUCUGGAAAAGAUAUUCACACCAGAAAACAAUUGUUGGAAAAUAUUAUCGUUACAGGAAAUUGGAAAGAAGAAUAUACAAGUCUUUUAUCUGUUGCUCUUAAAGAUAAAUUGGAACUGCCUCAAUCAUGUAGUAUAGUCGUUGGAAAUACGUUUGAUGCAUAUUAUGGAGCCAAGAUUUAUUGCUGCCUUCCAGAUUUUAGAUCCAAGUGCACGUUUUGGCCAGGAAAGGAGUGA